GAUGAAGAAGAAGAAGAUGAGGAUGAAGAAGAAGAAGAUGAGGAUGAAGAAGAGGAUGAAGAAGAGGAUGAGGAUGAAGAAGAAGAAGAGGAUGAAGAAGAGGAUGAGGAUGAUGAAGAAGAAGAAGAGGAGAGGAUGAAGAAGAAGAGGAUGAGGAUGAGGAUGAAGAAGAAGAAGAAGAAGAAGAAGAAGAAGAAGAGGAUGAGGAUGAAGAAGAAGAACAAGAAGAAGAAAGAGGAAGAGGUGGGAUCUCUGCGGAGGAAAGAGGAAGAGGAAGAGGAGGGAUCUCUGCAGAGGAAAGAGGAAGAGGAGAGAUCUCUGCGGAGGAGGAAAGAGGAAGAGGAAGAGGGAGAUCUCUGCGGAGGAAAGAGGAAGAGGGAUCUCUGCGGAGGGAAGAGAAGGGAUCUC